AUGCCUCGUCCAGCUCCUAAACGAAGUCGUACAGUGGGAAAGACUCAGCCCAAAAAAGCCGCGAUAGAAAACUCAGCGCAACAAAUUGACCCCAAGAUCGCCAAAUCGCCUGUGCAGCCUGAGCGCGGCUCAACCUUGGAUCUGAGGCAGGAUCUACGCAGUCAAACACCAUUGACCAAAAGUCAUGAACAAGCAAUUGAAUCUUCACCCGCGGGGGACCGGCCGGGCACUGGCAGUCGACCUGGAACCGGCAGUCGUCCGCCUACAAGAUCGCGCGGUUAUUCCUCUACGCUAUCAUUCGCCGGACGCAAAGGCGAUACAAUAUCCCGGGCUCCUGGAACUCCUGGGUUUGAUAACUCAGUUUUGAGCAACUUCAGACGGCGACCGCGACAGCAAAGCAUCCUGCAGAUGAUGCAAGCCGACGACGAUGGCUCUUCCGAUCUCGAUGAUGAUGACUUCCUUGGUGGACUUAGCCCCAAUGAUGAAUCAACACCACUCAAUCUCUCACGGAAGUCACUACUUAUCACGUCAACUGAGAAGUCAUCCCCGUCACCGUCCGAAUUAUCGUCCGAAUCACCGCUCUCGUCCGGCGGAUCGCGCAAGCGCAAACGCAUGACCCAAGAGAUUCAAGUACCACAGUCGCCUGUGGAUAUGGUAGAAGAUACUUCAAAUGCGACACCGAUACAACGCGGCGACUCUCGACACGACAUUGAAGGCGAGAAAUUUGAACCCGAAAGCGAGGAAUUUGGAGAUCAGGAAGUCGAGAUUGAAACAGUCGAGGCUACGCCACAAUCCCAACAAUUCCCAGAGAUAAUGAGCCAGACUAUGUUGCCACCGGCCAGCAGUCCUGCUGGUUCCGCUACACCUGGUGACCCCACACCGCGACCUGUUCAGAGGAAAAAGUCCAAAGUACCAAAUCAUCUAUCGACGGCAAACUUGCAAGAGAAGCUUUUACCACGUCGGCGGCGCAGACUCCGCGCCGCCAAUGAUUACAGUGACGAAAGCGAUGAUCCGCAUGACGCCGCAUCUGGGGACGAGGACGAGCUGAACUACCCAUCACAAAGAUCAUACGGACAACGGGCAAGGAAAAGCAAGCCUAAAUCAUUUUCCAACACCCGCAACCCGAAGCAGAAGAAGAGGGAAGAGAAGAAGACCAUAGACAAAUCGUUGGUCGUAAAAGAACCAGCUACAUAUUCACGUUCUCAAGGGGGUGUCAACAAAGAGAACGAAACACUUCUAUCAUCACCAUCCUCCUCUCCAUUGUCAUCACCACCUGAUUCCGACAUCUCUGAUUCUGAAUCUAUGGAAACAGAGGCCACUCGUUGUGUGAGCGAUGAGUUGCGCGCGGCAGUCAAGAAGUUUGCAGAAGUGGACCAAUGGGAGAUGGAGUUUGAGGAUGUAUCUGCUUCAGAGAGCUAG